AUGGCUGCCCGUGUUGAGUUUCCCCAGAGUUUGGUGCAAGGCCGCGACAAGAACGACCAACUAAAAACAAGUGGAACAUUUCAGGAUGAAGUCACAGAAGAAGAAAUUACAAAGUUUGAAGGUGGAAGAGGGCGGAAAGAGGACGCCACCGUACAGACGCUUUUGCAGUCUCCAAAACCACGCAAACCUCUUGUGCUUAGACAGCAUAAUCAGACCAGUCACAAUUAUUUGGAAAGAUUGCCCUCUGAGAUCAUCCAGAAGAUACUUUCUUUUUUGGAUGCUUCCUCCCUCUUUAACGUCAGCUUUGUCAACAAGCGGUUUCAUGAUCUGGCUAACAACAAUGCUCUCUGGUAUGCAUUUUAUGCCGGUGAGAUUGAGAAGAAAAAGUGGAGGCCCCGAGCAAGUAUGGUGACCGAAGCCCUGACCACUGCAAGUGUGCAAGGGAAACCUGGGGGAUAUUUUAAGAAGCUGCUGCUCAAGGAGAUGGCUGGCUACAGGGACACCAUGUGGAAAAAGGAGCUAAGACACAUGAACCCCCACACAGGCAUGCCAGUUUUAACAGAGCAAGUUCUCAGUAGGUUGCGUAUUCAGUGGGAGAUCACACUCACCCAAAACAAUGGACACACGACUGUCUUUGAGCAAACACACACCUUUUUUGAAGAUUCAUCCGUUACAGUGUGCUGGAUCCAUGGCAUCUGGCUACACAUGUUCCGUGUUGCUUCACUACAGCUUCAUGGAAUAAUGUGUCCAACACCGCAUGCUACAGGAGACAGGCCAAGGUGGCGUUCUCUGAUUCACAAAACAAAGUUUAGUAGGGCAGUACAAUGGUCAUUUCUUGGAUCUGACUCACUUGUGAAGUUGUUGCAGUUUGAUAAAUGCAUCACUGUUGGAGUCUGGCGGGGCAGUUGGAAAAUUGCCUUUAUCAUGGUGAACCUGCACUUCCACAAACUGAUUGAAAGAAGUCUCCUUGGGUCAAGAUUUUGUCCCUACAUACCUACUGAGGACAAUGCUGUGGACCCAGACUCUGGUCACCAUGGAUACACUCUGCACAUUGUUCUUCACAAUCCAGUUCGGCAAAUCAUGUGCGGCCAUUUCCCCAGAUUGUUCACCAGCAGAGUGACAUCUCAAGGGGAAUAUUUGCUGGUGAGUGCCAUUAAUUCCACUGAUGUGUCAAAGCACAUACCUGUAGGGAAGGUCAGUCUUCCAUGGCAAGCAAUGGGACUGGAGGGAGCUGCUGAGCGCUGCUGUAUGAUGACACUGACUGUUCUGGAUGAGGGAGAGCGUCCCUUCUGGUGUGUGAGUUCUCCUGUUAAGAUGGCCAUUAAAUACCAAAGAGUGUUGGCCUUGGACUGCGAAGGUGAACAGUUCUACAUCUUUUAUGAGGAUGGAGGGAAGGUCAAAAUGGUCUUCGAGUGGAUGGAGGAGCUUCAGCAAUACUUUUUGGUGCAACUAAUCGUUAUGUUCCCAACAGCCAAAGUGAAGAAGCACUUUGGGGGAAAAUGUUCAACAGAUACAGAUGAGGUUUAGAAACCUCAUCUG